GCAGCCCCGGUGGGUGCGUGGUGGUGGGGCUGGGAAAGGGCUGCACCAGCUCCAAAGCUCUUCCCGAAUCAGCAGGUUCGUGACUCUAAACUGCCUUUGCCACAUCCAGCGAGGUGACAGCGGUAACAGCAGCUCAGCGCUGAGUUUUGGGGUGGCUUGGUGGACAUGGAGGGACCCGUCUCCAGCCAGGACACCAUGCCGACCAACACAGAGCCCUCCAACACCAUCAAACUGCUGCACCUGGUUUUCCUCUCCACCAGCUGGGGAAUGCAGGUCUGGGUCACCUUCGUGGCAGGGUUCGUGAUGGGCAGCCGCCUCCCCCGCCACACUUUCGGCUUCAUCCAGGGCGAGCUCUUCCCCUACUACUUCCACAUCGGCUCCGCUUGUGCCUUCCUCAACCUGACUCUCUUUGCCAUGUGCCACCCCAGCGAGCUGCUCACCGAGGAACAAACCACCCAGAUCAUCAUCUUCUUUGUUUGCGUCGCUGCUUCUGUGCUGAACACCCAGUGGUUCGGCCCGGUCACCUCCGACAUCAUGGUAGACCUGCACCUCGUGGAGCGCAGCCACGGUCUGGGCCAGGAGGUUGGGCUGGUGGCCACCAAGUCCCGCAGGGAGCUGCGUGCCACCAACCCCAGCUACAGGCAGCUGUCCCAGCAGUUCACCCUCUACCAUGCUCUGUCCUCCCUCUGCAACCUCUGCUGCGUCGCCUGCAACGGCCUGAGCUUGUACUACUUGGCCUCCCGACUCUCUGCCCUGUGAGAGCCAGGGCUCCAGGAAAAGGGAGCCAUCCUGCUGCCUGUGAAAGUCACCCUGAGCUCCGGAGAUUACAUCUCAGCAUCCUCAGAUGGAGACACUUUUAACUGUAUUUGUGGAGAAAGUUAGGAAUAGCGAAAUGGGAACUCUUUCUUUCCAGCUGUCUGAAUCCAGAGUGUGAAAAUCCUGCACGGUCUGAGCAGAAGGGUUUAUGGCUGAAGAGCUUUUCAACGCCCCAUGCACUAGAUGUGUCUAAAACUGCACUGUGUUUCUGCAGUCACAGAGAUUGCAGAAGAAAUAGGAGAUUUAGAAUUACUUUUAAUUAAAUGCUGCAAGUGCAGAAGACCCUAUACAUCGGCUUCAC